AUGUCAUUUUCUUUCGGCUUUACUUCUAAUGAUUUCGAUGAUGAUGAACUGGUAGUCCAACCUGACGCCUCAUUUGAACCAGUACAAAAAAAUGGAAAAAACGACACUCACCCCAAUCCAUUGGAUUCUGGGUUUUUGUUGCAGCCCAAUGUUGUCCAGCCAAAAGUGGAAAAUCUAGAAACGUUGUUACAAGGUCUCAAGGAUGUCAGAUUAACUUUUGAAGAGUUUCAAUCUCCAUUAUAUAAAAUGCCAUUAAUUAGAAGAGAAUUAUUUGACGUCAAACACCAAUUGAUGUUAGAAACGGAUACUGAUUCCAGCAAUAACUCAACGGAGCUGGAUAUUUUACUUGGUGAUACUUCUGAAGAUUUGAGAAAGAACGUUUAUGAAGGGGGUCUGAAAUCAUGGGAAUGUUCUUAUGAUUUAGUUGAUUUGAUAUCUGAGAAGAUUGACAAAACAAUAAACAAUAUUGACGCAGUCCUAGAAAUAGGCUGUGGGACCGCACUACCCUCAGAAUUUCUGUUCAAAUCAGCUCUUCUACGAGAUGACACAUCCAACAAUUUAAAGUUCAUUUUGUCCGAUUAUAACGCUAGUGUAUUGAGAUUAGUUACUAUACCGAAUUUAAUUAUAACAUGGGCCAAAACAGUUUUGACAAAUGAAGAAUGGAGCGCUUUGCAAAAGGGCGAAAGCGAAGACAUCCCAGUAAGUAGCGAAGAAUUGCUCCUGUCAUCCAACCUGUUAACCGCCUUUUAUGACGACGUCCAAAGAAGAAACAUCACCAUUGUUCUUAUAUCGGGAUCGUGGGGACGCAAAUUUAACAACUUGAUUYAUGAGGUGUUGUUGGACAGCAAAAAGGUUCUAUUGUUAACCUCUGAAACAAUUUAUCAACCUGAUAAUCUGCCUGUUAUCGCAGAAACAAUACUCGACAUACACAGCUCACCACAAACUGAAGUUCAAACUUAUGUAGCAGCAAAGGAUAUUUAUUUUGGUGUUGGUGGCAGCAUUGUUGAAUUUGAAAAUUAUUUGAAUAAGAAAAUAUCUUCAGGAAACUUACCAAUCCGGUCUGAAAGGUUUAAAGUUAACUCUGGUUUGAAAAGAUCAAUAAUAUGCAUUGAGACAAAUCAAGCUAUGUAUUAA